UGCGAGAUUUAGUUGCAAUUGGAUUUCGACGCGAGUAGGCAGCAAGGGAUUUGCCACUAUAGCGAGUGGGCGCUUUGGUUUGGUAGCCUUCAAUCAAGUGUAGCUGCAGAACUUUCACUAAUAUGUGAGAGCCUAAAUAUUUCGGUGCACAAUCUAGUAGGCCCCGCGCAAGUUGGUUGUUCAUGGUUGCGCGGUCGGUAGCUUUGUGACGGCGACGUGUUCUAUUUUUAGUGAAUGGGAAAAUUGGGAAGAAAUGGUGCCACCACAGUGAAAUUGUCUAGUGACAAUUAGCGAUGGGCUAACAUCAAAGAGAGUUUUUGUGUGAAUCAGAGAAGUUGAAAGAGGAAUUUGUGUGUUGGUGUCGGAAAUCCCUGCCUAAUGAAUCUUGAAACUGAAUGUUUGUGUGUAUCUUUUAUUCAUCGCCACUUAGGUCUACCAUCGAGUGGAACGGUUGUGUUGUAUAGUGCCCAUGGGGACGGUCCAAGUGUUUCUUUGAUUGCGGUUUGAUUCACUUUAUCUCUCGUUGCGAGUUUAGUGCACCAGUGCGUUGAAUCGGGGAAGAUGGCAAAUAAAAGAUAAAGCCAGCACAAAGUGUCGAGUCGGGUUAUAAACGCAUCUAUCAGCUACCAGUAUGCGUACUCCUGAAUCAACAAACAAAAAAAUAUGUUAUGUUGCGUAGCCACCCACACAGCGAUGGAUGAAUGAAGGCAAUGCACGGUGUGGCAUUUUGGGCUGCUACAAGCCGCCCUGCACACACAUACGUCGGAUCGCACUUUCGGUCUUUUUUCUAAAGACUGGCGACAGUGGAAUGUGAAUUAAAAUUCUGUCCGUUUCUUCGCAUUGGGAAGUUAAGUUGAUUGAAAAAGGUUUUUUUUUGUCAUUCUGCCGCAGACAAAACGAGAUCCGAGAAGAAAGCAAAUCGAAGUUGUAUUAUUUACUAUCAGAACUCUCACUUAUGCAGGUUUUAGUAAGCAGCAACGCAAGACUGCCGAUGGAUGAUUUAGUGAGGAAAUAGAGCGAGUCGAGUCAUCAUCGGGUCGGUGCAUCGGCUUACAAACAGUCAUUGAUCACAUUAGAGAAGUGCAGCAAGGCAAGGCCGCCUAUGGUGACAUGUGCGUGAAAAAGAAUGUGCUACUGUGCGGUAAAAGUGGUUCGCUGAGGUGGAAUUAGGCGGCCGUAUUAGUUGGUUGGUAAAAGAUUAACAACAACUACCACUACAGCUUAGAAAUGCAGGAAAAUGCUAACGUGUUGCACGGCGUUGAUGAUGAUGAUGAUGAUGGUUCUAAUCCCACGGAAGUAAGAUAUAAUAGCAACGAUAUCGAUCGAAGUGAGGACUCGUACCGGGAGGACAUCGGUGAAAGCAUCAGAAAUAAGCCAAACAGUGCGCUGGUCGGUAAACUCGGCUGCGACAGAAAUAUUCGGCCCGCUUCCUUGCCAAUUAGAAAAUGCUUCAAUUAUACGGAAGAUGGUGGUGAUGGUAGUGGUAAAGUGGAUACUGAGCGUGAUUUAAACUUGCGAGAGCUGAAUCAGUCGCAAAACGAGGAGGCAACAUUCCUUAGUCCUACGGAGGGGCAUUUUUGGAAACGUUAUGCUGAGGUUUCCAAGUUCAGAAAAGACAAUAACAGUGGAGAAUGUUCCGCAAAGAAUCGUCGAAGGUCAGACACAUCGUUCAUGUUAGCGAAGCAAAGACUAUCUUCAUUCAGUCUUGGAGGGCAGGGAAUGAAUGCGGAGACAAUGGACGACGAUUUAGCACCGCUUUUACCCAGCAAAAGAGAAUUGUCACAGGAGGACCUCUAUCAAUCUCAAACAUCACUAGUUUCCAGCUCCGAAGGCGGCAUACUGGCGGAAGGCGAGGAAACUUCGAGUGAAUCGCAAGUGUCGGACAACUCUCGCAGCCCAGCAUGUGUUCUAGGAUUGGUCGAGCGUUUACUGAGAACUCAUCCAGUAUGGUUCCUACCAGGAAUCCAACGUUCUGGUGCUGUGCAUUUAUUACAAGGAAAAGAAGAAGGGAACUUUAUCGUACGAGGAUCAAGUCAGGCCAAAACGAUGGCAGUCUCCGUACGUCUUCCACUGGAUUGUGGUCCGUACAUAGAACACUAUCUUAUCCAAUCCAACGAAGGAUUGCUAAGCCUGGAAAGCUCUCGGUUCAAAUUCGAUUCCAUUCCUUCGCUCAUAGCUCACUAUUCUCAGUGUUGUGAUGAGCUUCCGGUUCAGCUGUGUCUACCGAAAGCACUAAGAGAAGCGAAAAAUCGACAACAACUUUCGUCCCUGGCUCUCCUGGGACAGGAGUUUUGGCGUUAUCCGAUGGCAUCGCCAAAACCUAGAACUCUGCUAUCGGCCAACUCUAGUCAUUUAAACACGCCCUCGGACGCAACCCACUCGAGUGGCAUUGGUCUAACCUUUAAUAAUAAGAACGUGCCCAGUUUAAACUCAUUCGGUCAUGACAACAACGCAAACAAUAUGGGUCCAGGAGAGACACCGACCGAUACGAUAUCUACGCUGAGCAGUUUCACUGUCGGUCAUGGCCAGCAGCUUCUAAGUCCGGAAUCGAUCGACAGUGCCGUGGUGUGCUCGCCUACCGAUCCCAACCAAACGGGAAUCAUUGGUAAAACCAGCACGUUUAAGUCGAAACGGUCAUUGCCCUCACCGACGGUGGCUUCCUAUGAUGUCGAGAAACAGAUCGAAAUUUUCAAUGCCAAUCUGUUUGCCAACAACAACAGCAGCAGCAGUCAUGAGUCAAAGUUGAAUGAAUCCACCGGAUCUAGUACGUUGGAACGUCAGUUGAAAACACCACGACCGACGCCGCCGAAUACGCUGAACAUUAAACCGAUUCGAAGUCCUCCGGCACCGCCAGCAAGGCGUCUCAAGCCUCCCAGUGCUGUAAGUACUCCAAACGAUCCCAACCAGUCAUUCUCCAACAAUAUCACCGUAACCACGACGGUGACAUUCUGUGUCGACAAUCACACCAAUGCACAAAUCAUCGAAUUGGUCUCUCCGAAUGAAAGCAAUAAAAAUUUUGCAACAUUUCAGAAACGUCUACCACCGGACGGAGAGUGUCAUAUGCCGGGUGCGGUAAUGAAAAACCAGGAACUGGAUGAUCGGUUUUCGGAUUCCGAUAAUAAUUUUAUGGCAAUUCAAUCGCCUCUUAGUCAUCCCGGGAAUGGGUUGGCGUUCCGGAAGAGUAGCAAAACGGAUUCGAGUUCCACCGUGAUCCAUCAUACCAGCCGUACCAGUAGAAGAAGCAAGCGGAAGGAAUCGAAACACUAUCAGGAGUCUGACAUUCUGGAGUCACCAUCCGUCUACUGCCGCAGUAAUUUAGGAGAUAAAAUUAGCGAUUAUGAGGAUAUCUGGACACAGGAUAACAAUGGAAAUACAACCCUGAUUAAACUGGACAAAGUAUCAACCUUCAAACCCACCAUUCUGGAGAAGCCGGUGGAACUGUUAUCGCCAGGCAUUGUGAGCCACGAACAGUUUAACCACUCACUGACUGAACCACCUACACCGUACAAUCCAACGUUCCACGAGCAGUCGAAAACGUCCCUGAUGUCUUCGUUCAGCACCGACAAUGUAAUUCAGCUCCGACAGCAUAGAGAUGCGAGUAGUGAUCGCAGCACCCCGACUGAGUUGCACCAUCGCAACGUGCUGAAAACGUUUACGCCUGCUGCGACACCCACGGAAAAGCCACUACAUAAUCCAAUGCUGGAGCCGCGCUAUCGAAUGGGGCUUUGUUUUCCGAAUGUUGUCAAUCGAUGUGAAGUGAAUGGCAGUGAUGUCCACGGAAAAAUUAGAACGGAAACACCACCGUUGAACAAUUGCAGCAGCAACACUGGUUCAGCCAAACAGGACAGUCCAUUUUAUGCCGAUCCGGCUGAUGUUCUGAAUAGUAUUGUACGGAGAAGUCCUCUGCGCAGGUCAACUGCUCUUGCCAGUAAUCAGAGGCAUUCGGAACCUCCGAAGCAGCUGCUGUCCGGUUUUGAUGCUCAGUCUCCGCUGAUGUGGGCCUCGAUCGAGCAGGAUGUUAAACAGAGGAACCCAUUCGCCGCAUCGCUCGAUGAGUUGAAGAAUCCCCGAAACCCCCAGUACAGGUAUGGCGGAGAUCGGUUGCAGUUUGAGCGUUUGUCGCUCGAACAAACAGAAAACAACGACUAUGAUAAUGACCUGCGUUGGCUGAGAGAGCAAACAAAACCGGAUGCGAUGGUUCAGAAGAAUGUGAUAAUAUUGCCUUCGAGUCCGGAAAGCAUCAACAACAACAAGAGUAACAAUAACAACAACAACCAACACAAUCACCACCAUCGAGUAGUGACGGUGCAUCAAAUUAUUGCCAAUCGUUUGCCAAACCUUGACUUGCCAGAGAUUCCAGGUAAUAGCGCCAACUCGAGAGAGUUGAAAGAAACGACCGAAUACGCUGCAGGUACUCUGACGAGGGCUCAACGCAAAUCCGCUUAUGAUAAUGUCGAAAAGCAUAACGUCGCAUAUGCCUCGUCCGUCAUUAACAGCGCUCAGUCCGAUGAUGGGACAGUUUUUUCCGAACCGUGGGACAGUUCCCAAUGGGAUAGCUUUCUACCUCAAGACAUUCAUUCCAUGUGUUCCACAGAUAAUGCCGACACCUUGCCCAUGGGUGAAGCUAACAACCAUUCAGGUAGAAAUAGCGAACGAUACGGAUCCCGAAAUGAUCUGGCCUCCGGUGGUUACAACAGCUUGUCACUGCGUCGGGAUUUAAGAGUGAAGAAGACGAACGGUUCCUCGCAAAAGAUUGCCACCAUUCUGCGCUCGAGGAGCUGCCGGGAUCGAGAAGUUCUAUGCCACCCCCGCAACAAGACUGUCUUCAGUGGACCGGGUGAAACAAUUGGCAUGUAUGCGUUAUCCCUCGCGGAUUAUACCGAGUCUACCUUCUCGCGGAAUAUUCUAAACUUUAUAUCGUGCACCAAAGAGUCGAAAGCGGCUCCGCAGGUUAUAAUGCGCAACAUGCGCCAGUUUAUGAGCGGAAUGAAGAACUACUUAGUGAAGCACGGUGAGGGUGAAUUUGCGGCCGAGGUGCAGAAGGCGCGAUCUCAGCUGAAAUCGGACGAGUUUCUGAAUCUCGACUCGAUACUGGAGGAGGUGAUGCAUCGGCUGGUGAUCCUGCCACUGAGGGAACAUCUGUACGGGCUGUUUGUGGAUUACUACACGCAGUCCGGCGACAUUCAGCUGCUGGUGGAGAAGGUCAAGCAGGCAUCCGGCCGGGGAUCGAUGGUGUUUGGAAUCAAGAACACGGUCACCCCACCGAGUGCGAGUGCUUUGCGUCAAAUUUCCACCCUGUUUGUGCGGCUGCAGGAAGCGGAACUGCCGUUGGAAAAGCUGGACUUACUUCUGACGGCAGUGUCGACCAUUUUCGAGGCAACCAGCUGCACCAACGGGCAGCAGUUGAGUGCCGACGAUUUCCUUCCAGUAUUAGUGCUAGUGGUUGCCCACUGUGGCUUCAUCGGGGCCGAGAUCGAGGCGGAGUACAUGUGGGGCUUGAUACAGCCCUCACUGCUCAGCGGGGAAGCCGGUUACUAUUUGACGGCACUUUGCAGUGCUGUUCACGUGCUGAAAAACUUUUCCCUACAGGAUCACGACGGGCUUUCGGGAUCGGUGGAGUGGACAUCGCCUACCUUUCCGGAGUGCUCUUCGGUGCUACGGGUCAUCAUUCCCGACGAGUACAAUGGUUCCAUUCAGACUCGUACUCUUCCGAUACGACCUCAUACAACGACGAGGGAGGUGUGCCGGAUCAUCGCUCACAAGGCACGGAUCACAAACGCUCAAGAUUAUGGGUUGUUCAAGUUGAUUGAUGGAGAAGAAACUCUUCUGCAAGAUAACGAGUGUCCGCAGGAUGUGCGGAUGGCGGCUUGUGGUAAGCACUGUAUGAUUGCUUACAAGCGAGUGGACGCGAAAAUCGCCUGGCCUACGGUAAUGCCGACGACGUUGACUGAUAGUAAUCAAUAGCAUUAUGAAACUAGGUUUUUUCAAAAUAUACAUUUUAUUUAUUGCAACUCUA